AUGCUGGGCGCGCGGGCCUGGUUGGGCCGCGUCCUUCUGCUGCCCCGCGCCGGUGAAGAAACCAGGAUGGCGCAGAGCCCAGCGCCAAUUCCGUGUCAGCCCACAACCUGCUCCAGCUCCAUGGGCCACAAGGACUGGAUGGACAAGUGUGUGUGCCUAUUGACCGCCUUCUCUGAGCACAUGCGCCGUGUCCCGGUGGCAUUGCCCGAGAUGGUCCACGCCUUCUCAGCCCAGCAGCAGACCCUCAAGCAGAUCGUGAUCUGUGGAGACCGCCAGGCCAAGGACACCAAGGCUCUGGUGCGGUGCGUCCACUCUGUCUACAUUCCUAACAAGGUGCUGAUUCUGGCUGAUGGGGACCCCUUGAGCUUCCUGUCCUGCCAGCUGCCUUUCCUGAGUACCCUCCGACGGUUGGAAGACCAGGCCACUGCAUAUGUGUGUGAGAAUCAAGCCUGCUCAAUGCCCAUCACUGAUCCCUGCGAAUUACGAAAACUGCUACAUCCAUGACUGCCCCAACCCCCUUGGGCUGGGGCAGAAGGUGAAGCAUCCCAACCUACUAGAGACUCAGGCCCUGCAGGGCCCUAUAGAACCUGUGGCCAUCCCUGAGCACCCCGCCACCAGGUGACCUCGGCCAUACUCACUGCCCCCCUUGGGCACCCACUCACCCUAGAAUAAACUUAACAGUGUCCCGUGGUAA